AUGAAGUGCCUUUAUUGGAACAUAAGAGGCGUGGCUAAGGCUUCCUAUAGAUUAGCCUUGAAGAGAUUUCUAAAAUUGCACAAUCCUGAUUUUCUGUUUAUUGCUGAGCCGAAGAUUGAUUUUGUUAAGUUUCCUAAAAAUUGGAUUGUUGGGUGCCCUAUGUUUGUCCUUUCUAAAAAGCUCCAACUUUUGAAGAGGGAUCUUAAAGGCUGGAAUAGAAAUAUUUUUGGUAACAUCGCGAAUAAUGUUUCUAAAGAGGAGGAAAACUUGGGUAUUAUUCAACAAGAUAUUCAGAACAACGACACUAAUGACAUUCUUAAGCGUCAAGAAAAUGCAGCUCAAUCCAUUCUUUCCUACGCCUUUGCCAUAGAGGAUUCUUUCUGGUGGAGUAAGUCCUAA